AUGUCCCACUCAUCCAAAGCAACUCGCAUCCCUUGGCUGUCUCAGUCGGUGCUGCUGCUACCGCUGGUGUUAGUACUUUUAUUCCCCUUCACAGCGGCUUUGUCCAGUCCAACCACAGGCACCAAAACCAAGGCCAGUACUCCCCAAUACGACUACAAUGCUCCUGGUUUGUCCAUUGGAGGUGCCGACAUGGCUGCCUACAGCAAAGGUCAUGUUGCGAGCACUAAAGACUACGAACCCAUGGCCUUGAACCUCAGCGAUGAUGCUCAGUCAUUGCUACCCUCUGAUUUCCCUAUUGGAACAUUCUACAAAAAUGGUCCUGGUGGAUACCGGUCAGAAGAUGGCACGCCCUAUUUGCAUCCAUUUGACUGCAACGGCAAGAUAUUGGCCCUCACAUUGGAUGCCGACAAACAGCAGGCCGUCUAUCGCUAUAAGCACAUUGAAACUCCAAAGUACCAGCAAGAUUGUGCCACCGGGACCAUGUCGGAACGAGGCUUCUUUGGAACACAACGUUCCGGUGGUUGGCUGGGAAAUAUCUUUCAAGGAAUGGAUCCCAAAAACCCUGCCAAUACAGCCGUACUAUUGACUGAUGAUCAGCAGCAACUGUUUGCCUUGUGGGAGGCUGGUAGACCCUUUGCCAUGGAUCCGCUGACCUUGGAGACCAAGGGAGAAGAGUUCUGUGGAUUCUUGGAUACUCAGACUAGCUUCUCGGCUCAUCCACGCUACGACCCCAAAGCCAAGACAUACACCAACUUUUGUACCCGCCGACCAGCACCUGGAGAAGAAACCUCCACAGUGACAUUCCAGGAAGUUGACUCGUCGACUUUUCAAAGCAACAAGAAUGGUUUGAAGCUCGAAUUGCCAGGAAUCAUCAUGACACAUGACAUGGUCUUGAGUGAAAACCACAUUGUGUUUCCCUGGGUCGAAGCCAAGGUGAAUGGACCCAAUGCUCUCAAGGCUAUCCUUGGUUUACUCCCGCCCUUUGCAUUGGUGGAAACCCUUCCGUUGGACAUGGUACGAUACAUUGUCAUCCCUCGAGAUCUUUUGAGUGAACAAGUGAUCACCGUUGAAGAUGUGUUUGCAGACGACCGAAUCAAAAUCGUCGAAGCACCCUUUCAUAUGGCCGUCCACUUCACAAAUGCCUACGAAACAAACGACAACAAUCUGGUUUUUGAAGCAGCCUGCUUGGUUGGAAAGAGUCACAGCUAUGGAGUAGAUGAGAUGGCUAGUUCGGGGAAGCCACUCUGGGAAGCCUUUGACUGGGAUAGCAGUGACCCACAGCAGCUUGAACAGUUUGAAAUUGACCUGGAUACUGGCAAACUGGUGCAGAUGGAAACCAUCGGGAACGAGUCUAUUGAGUUUGUUGUGGUGCCUCGGUACCGAUUUACUCGGCCCCACGAUUUCGUUUUUUCCUUGGGAGUGCACAAGGCCAGCUUUGAUGGAGGCAAGGGAGCUAUUUCGCCCUAUGGAAGCAUCCGAAAGAUCAAUCUCAAGACAAAGGAGCAAGAUGUUUUUUCCUUUGCUCCCUAUGAAUUUGUGCAUGAUGGCGACGUGGUUCCAAAGGUUGGGGCCAACUUGGACCAGGAUGAGGGUGCCGUGUAUUUUGUGACAGUUAUCACGAAUGGAGAGGACUUGACUUCCGACUUGGUGAUCUUGGAUGGGGAAAACAUUGCGGCGGGCCCCGUCACGCGUAUUCGUCUCCCAGAGAUUGUGCCCGCCAAUGGCCUCCAUGGAUACUUCUUUGAGGGGGAAAACCGUUUCUCGUUUGACUAG